UUUUCUGCCAUUUAAAAGCUCCGCACUGAGCGCAGUGCAAACCCACCGCUCUGCAAACCGAAAAACGAGGCUGGGGGCAAAAUUAUGUAGUAUUUAUACCUUUUUUUAAAAAAGCGAUAAUUAAAAAGAAGAAGAAGAAGAAGGCGGGUAUUGCAUGUUUUUUAGAUGGGAAACCUGGUGGGCAGCUGGCGUUUCAAGGAGCCGAGCACGAUUGAGGAAUGUGACUCGACGUGGGGAUCGGACUCGGAGAGCGACGAGCCGGCGGCUGAAGAUGAUAGCGGCAUCUCCGACUCCGUCAGCCCGGCGGAGAGCGAGAGGGCCGCGGGGCACGCCGGAGACAGCACACCGCAGGUACGUUUCACGCCGGAGAGCCGGGACAUGUGGGCCACCGGCAAAAAGGCCGGGACACACUCCUCUUUCUUCUCAGGUAUCUACAUAGAGGAGAUUCUCUCUAAGUGGAGAGGCGACUAUGACAAACUGGAGCACAAUCACACCUAUAUUCAGUGGCUGUUCCCAUUAAGAGAACAAGGGCUCAACUUCUACGCACAUGAACUGACUCAGGACGAAAUCAAAGAAUUCCAAAGCACUCGGGAAGCAAAGCGGAGAUUCCUGGCGGCCUAUUCCCUCAUGUUGGACUUCUACGGCGUCAAGCUGCUGGAUAAGAGUGGCAAUGUUGCUCGGGCUCCGAACUGGCAGGAGCGCUUCCAACACCUUAAUGAGUCCCACCACAACUACCUGCGGAUCACUCGCAUCCUGAAGUCCCUGGGUGAGCUCGGCUAUGAGGCCUUUAAGGCCCCGCUGGUUCGCUUCUUCCUGGAGGAGUCGCUGUGCCACGGCACCCUGUCCAACAUGCAGCACAGCAUCCUGGAAUACUUUGUCUACACCAUCCGCCUGCCAGCCACCCGCCGACGCUUGCUCCGCUAUGCCCGCCAACACUACAGACCUGCCCACGCGUUCCUCUGGGGACCACCACCUAAAAAGCGGGGAGGUGGUGCUGGUGCUGGAGGUAGCGUGGGUGCUGGAAGUAGUGGGAUUAGGGCGCCUGCUCCAACACCAGAGCAACAGAGGAGGGGGAUGGAGAGCACCAUAUUCACACCUGCAGGUAGUGGAAAUAUUGUGUCUUCCCACAAUGUCACGAUGUGCCAUGAGCUGGCUGAAGGAGGACUCAAGGGCUGCACGGGACUUGGUCCCAACAUGGGAGGAGCGCUGAUGAUGGUGGGAGCUCGAGCAGAGAGGAAUGAGUUCAAUGAGAUGAUUCCUUUGUAGGGAAAAGUUUUGAAAGCAGAAAAAUGAACCACUUAAAUUGUAAAGAAAUAAACUUGCUUUGUUGAAGGACAUGCAAACCAGGGCAGUAAAAUGCAGGUACAGAUGUUUGAGCUGUUAAUGAACACAUCAUUAGAAUCUGUUUAGGUUAAGGGCUGACUAUAAACUCAAACAGUACUUUAUUUAUUGCAAGUGAAUUAUCUUGACUGAAUUUGGGAUUAUAAUCUAAAGAUGGGUUAUUUUUUGUUUGUUUGUGCUUUUGGUGGGGUUUGUAUCCUGAGCUAAGAUAGCCGAAUCCUAAAAUUAUCUAAACUAGUAGAGAAAGUUUGACAGAAGCCUUAUUUAAAGUUUUGGCCUGGAAUGCUGAAUGUUUGCUGGUGUUGGGAUGGUGAGAUUAUUGAAAUGCUGGAGCUGGAGCUCCACCAAACAACACCCUGGAUUGAGCUCCUUUUGUACAGGGUCUGUACAGCAAAUGUGAAAAGGGAGAUCAGGAAGAAUUUGUCUUAUUUCCAUGUCAUGUAAAAAGCAUAUGAAAGAAGACUAAUUUGUCAGCAAUACUUAUAGAUUUUUUUAACUUGACUGACUUGAAAUUUUCACUUUGUUGUUAAUCUUAGGCACAGCUCAGUUAUGUAUCCGCGCUGCGAUUUUACUCUCUACAUGUUAAAGGUAGCCAAUUCCGCUGAAAAUUGUACAGAACUAUAUAGCAAAAAAUAAAACGUGUUGGUAAGCUGAUAUCUUUAAGAAAUACUUAAGAAAAGAAAGGCUUUAGGUGACAUUAUUACCUGUGAACUCUGCAGAAAAUUGUGAAAUCUAAAACUGUGCAAUAAAUAUUUUGCUAUAAAACAACCCAGGGCUGCUUAAAGCCAAUUAUCCAAUGGCAGUGACUACACUGAUUAAAAUAAUGCACUUUGUAUUUCAGUCUAAAAGAUGAAGGGAAAAUACAAAGUGUGUCAGAUAGGUUUGUCGCAGUUCAUUUUUUUCUGGUCUUGUAGGCAAGAAUUCAGAAAAUUUUAUUAAUCCUUCAGCAAAGAGUAGAAAUGCUAGUACCAAUGUUACCGGAAAUUUCCACCAGUUACAAGCUAAAGAUGGUGUUUGUAUCAGUACUAGCAAACAGGCAUAAUUAACCCCUUAGCAGUCCAAUUAGUCCCCUAAACCAUCCA